ACUGAGCACGCACCCCUGAGGGGCCCCCGGGUUAAGGAUCAGCAUGGCAGAUGUGUUGUUACCUACCCUUACCACCUGGGGGUGGCUCAUCAGGAAGUCCAUGGUCCAGUUGCAGAGGGAGGUGUUUAGUCCCAGGAUCCUUAGCUUAGUGAUGAGCUUUGAGGGAACUAUGGUGUUGAACACUGAGCUGUAGUCAAUGAAUAGCAUUCUCACAUACAGUAGGUGUUCCUUUUGUCCAGGUGGGAAAGAGCAGUGUGGAGUGCAAUAGAGAUUCCAUCAUCUGUGGAUCUGUUUGGUCGGUAUGUGAAUUGAGUGUGGGCCUACAGUUUCUGGGAUAAUGGUGUUGAUGUGAGCCAUGACCAGCCUUUCAAAGCACUUCAUGGAUAUAGACAUGAGUGCUACUGGUCUGUAUUUAAUUAGGCAGGUUACCUUAGUGUUCUUGGGCACAGGGACUAUGGUGGUCUGCUUGAAAUAUGUUGGUAUUACAGACUCAAAGGGAAAGGCUGAAAAUAUCAAUGAAGACACUUGCCAGUUGGUCAGCGCAUGCUUGGAGUACAAGUCCUGGUAAUCCAUCUGGCCCUGCAGCCUUGUGAAUGUUGACCUGUUUAAAGGUCUUAAUCACAUCAGCUGCGGGGAGUGUGAUCACACAGUUGUCCCUUACAGCUGGCGCUCUCAUGCAUGUUUCAGUAUUACUUGCCUCGAAGCGAGCAUAAAAGUAAUUUAGCUCGUCUGGAAGGCUCGUGUCACUGUGCAGCUCUCGCCUGUGCUUCCCUUUAUAGUCUGUAAUAGUUUGCAAGCCCUGCCACAUCCAACAAGUGUCAGAGCCGCUGUAGUAUGAUUCGAUCUUAGUCCUGUAUUGACACUUUGCCUGUUUGAUGGUUCGUCGGAGGGCAUAGCGGGAUUUCUUAUAAGCUUCCGGGUUAGAGUAAGGAAACUUUUAAGAUAUCCCGCUAUGCCCUCUGUCGAACCAAUCCCAAACGGACGUGGCAGAUUCCAGUAUUAAUGGUUAAACUGUUUGUUUAUUGUUGACAGCUUCAUGGGUACAGAGGCAAAGCUCCACUGGGUCUGCUGGUGUUCAUCGGAACAGCUGACAAAAGGCUCCUCAAGCCCCAUGCCUUCUACCAUGUGCACCGCAUCAUGGGGAAAACCGUCACCACCCCUAGCAACGAGAUAAUGGUCAAUAGCACCAACAUCCUGGAGAUCCCUCUGGAACCCAAGAACAACGUGAGAGCAGUAAUUGACUGUGCUGAGAUCCUAAAGCUGAGAAACGCUGACAUUGAGCUGAGGACAGGAGAGACAGACAUCGGACGGAAGAAUACCUGUGUCCGUCUGGUAUUCCGGGUCCAUAUUCCCCAUCCAGGAGGACAGUAUGUCUCUCUUCAAGGGGCCUCCCUUCCCAUUGAGUGUUCCCAGAGGUUGGCCCACCAGCUUCCCACUGUAGAGAGUCAGGACGUAGAUCGCUGCUCGGUUCUAGGGGGACAGCAGAUGAUACUGACUGGACAGAACUUCACCUCUUAUUCCAAGGUGGUGUUCACGAAGAAUACACCUGAUGGGCUGCAGAUUUGGGACGUGGAAGCAUCAGUAGACCGAGACAAAAGCCAAUCAGUGAGUUACUGUCCUAACACAUUUAUGAACAGUGACAUUAAACUACUACUGGCUUUAUAAAGUACUACCUAACUCCUCUUCUUCUACAUAUAUACAAAAGUAUGUGGACACCCCUUCAAAUUAGUACAUUUGGCUAUUUCAGCCACACCCAUUGCUGACAGGUGUAUAAAAUCGAGCACACAGCCAUGCAAUCUACAUAGACAAACAUUGGCAGUAGAAUGGCCUUGCUGAAAAGCUCAGUGACUUUCAACAUGGCACCGUCAUAGGUUGCCACCUCUCCAACAAGUACAUUUGUCAAAUUUCUGUGCUGCUAGAGUUGCCCUGGUCAACUGUAAGUGCUGUUGUGUAGGAGCAACAACGGUUCAGCCGCGAAGUGGUAGGCCACACAAGCUCACAGAACGGGACCACCGAGUGCUGAAGCAACGUCAGCACAAGAACAGCACAAGAACAGGUCGUCAGGAGCUUCAUGAAAUGGGUUUCCAUGGCCGAGCAGCCGCACACAAGCCUAAGCCAUUGGACCCUGGAAACACGUUCAGUGGAAACACGUUCAAGCAGUGGAAACACGUUCUCUGGAAUGAUGAUUCACGCUUCACCAUCUGGAGAAUCUAGGUUUGGCGGAUGAAGAGUAAGCUUAACGCUACAGCAUACAAUGACAUUCUAGACAAUUCUGUGCUUCUAACUUUGUGGCAACAGUUUGGGGAAGGCCCUUUCCUGUUUCAGCAUGACAAAUGCCCCUGUGCGCAAAGCGGGGUUUAUACAGAAAUUGUUCGUCGAGAUCGGUGUGGAAGAUCUUGACUGGCCUGCAUAGAACCAUGGGCCUCAACCCCAUCAAACACCUUUGGGAUGAAUUGGAACACCGACUGCGAGCCAGGACUGGAAGCAAGUCCCCGCAGCAAUGUUCAAACAUCUAUUAGAAAACCUUCCCAGAAGAGUGGAGGCUUUCAUAGCAGCAAAGGGGGGGAACCAACUCCAUAUUAAUACCCAUGAUUUUCGAAUACCACAUACUUUUGAUAUUGUAGUGCAUCUCACACAGCCUCACGCGACAUGGUAUAUCCACAGUUCACACUGUCGCCCAGUGAUACUCUAUGACAAAUGUCUGAUGUUCUACUGUACCAUAUUAUAUCAAGAGCGUGCUGUUUGUCGAGAUCCCUCCAUAUCGAGAUCACACCAUUUAUCACGCGGCUAAAGUUAACUUCUAUGUGAUCUUCUAUGUGAUCAACGGGAGGAGGAAACGCAGUCAGGCGCAGCACUUCACCUACACUCCUUUAACAGCUCCCGCCAUUAAAACGGAACCCAUAGAUGACUUCCAGUUUGGCCAGCUGGGUUGUACUGUGUCCAAGGUCCUAGGAGUUUCACCCAAGUCCUACCACAACACCCCCAGUAGCCACCUUACCACUAAUAGCCACGAGGCUGGCUUGACAGCCUUAGCAGCCUGCCAGCAGGCGAGCCACCACGACUCCAUUAUCAGAUUUUCAGCCUAUCAACAACAAGACCCAUCUGUCUAUUACCCCAGUAAAAUCAGAAGUCUGGGCAGUAACCCUGUUCUGUAUCAAGAUAUGAACCACCACCACCCGGUGAUGAUCCACUAUGGCUCCCCAUCUCAGAUGUCCUAUAUCGGUAGCCAGCACUACUCUACCCUAGUCUCCCAGCCUUUCAACCACUCUCACUCUGCCACCAAUCAGCGAGUUGUCAACAUUGCGGUCCCAUUGGCCCAACACCAGCAUGUCACCAUGGUGGGUGAUGGGUACCGGGCUGCACCUUCAUCAUGGAAGGUUGAUGCCUCACCAGAGGCCUGUUCAUCAGAAGGCCAGUACCAGAACUUUAUGCAGAUGGUGGUGCCGGUCUUGGGCACGUCUCCACGACUACCACCACGAAAUAGCCCUACCCUGGCCCAGAGGGGUCCAAUAACGGGGAUCCAGAGUGGGCCAGUCCUGGAGAAGGUGAUCAAGUCUAUCUGGAUGAUGGGAUUGCCGAAAUAGCUGGAUGAUGUCCUCACCCCUGCCUCGCCUCUCUACCUCUGCUAUAAUCUUGCCGACUAGCCUUGCGGAGUCCUUGAAUGGUCUUUUCGUCUAUGUCCAUUCCAUGGCCUUGAUUAAUUUCUGAGAAGAUCAU